AUGAAACAGCCUCUCCAGAAGCUCAGAAAGAUGCUCCAUCUUCGCAGACCAAGCGCUAACUCUACAGUGAUCAUUGUCAAAGCUCCAGCCUCAUCGUCAGCUUCCGCUUCCGCUUCCGCUUCCGCUUCCACUUCUACUUUUGAAUUACCGCCCCAGAUCACUCUCCCCGACGCCGUCGAGACCAACCUGAACAUGCACUCGCCCAACGGUUAUUUCGAUAGCCCUCCGCCCGAUGGCGCCAAUGGCACAGUUUUCGGCUCCAAUGGUGUCCCCAGGCGAGACGAGCCCAUCCGCAAGGCAGACACUGACAGAGCGAUAGUUGGCCCCAUAUCUCCGCCUACCAACGGUGACUCGAUUCUACCCUCGACAUCGCCCCCGGAGUGGUCCUCUGCCAUCGGUCAUGCCAUGACCGGUAAAUCCGGCAGAGUCAUUCACAAUCUCCAGGAACAAAUCACCCGUCUCACCCGUGAAUGCAACCUCCACCGAACCCGUGCAGAAGAAGCCCAGCGCAUGAACGAAGUGCUAAAACAACAACUACAGACCGUUACCGAUCGACUACGCAGCUCCGAACAGUCCCACGAAGCAAGUCUGAUAACAAUCGCACGCAAAGACAGGAAAAUAGAAGACCUCAAAUCCGAAACACAAGGCGAGAAAAAUAGACGUCUAAAGGCCGAAAACGAUGCAUUAGAAACCACCCAGCUUGCCCAACAGCAGCGCGAAGAGCAUCAGCGAGCCUUUGCAGAGGCGCAGGAAAUUUCUCAGCGGUCUCAAUGCCAAUAUGAUGCUCUCUCACAGGCCCGACUACGCGACAGAAACGAGUUUCAGUCCCGUUUCAGCAUGUUCAGGAAGGACUUUGACGAGCUAAUGAAGCGCGAGCAAGAACGGCAGAAUCAGCUUAGUAGACUGGACGUUAUAAUCGAACAAAAGGACCGCGAGAUACGGGCUGCUCGUGACCGGGCGGAGAGAAUGACCUCGUUAUAUGAAGAGUAUAAAUCGCGCAGUGACGGCGUGCUACAGGGACUCGUGGAGAGAGGAAGACAGAACGAUCGAGACGUCGAUACGGUGCUGAGAGAUGCCAGGGAGGCUACCGACAAGAUGAAAUGGGUAGUCAGCGUCAAGCAAAAUGUGAAAGGCGCCAGAUAA